GGCGAGGCUGUCAGGUUGUCUCCGCGGCUUGUGUGUGGGAGAGGCAGACCCGAAAGCGCGCGCCAGCUCGCUAAGUGUUCUUCAGAGGCGCUGUUUAAACGUUCUGUUUCUCUUUCAUCUGCCACGCACAUGGAAGCACGCGCCGUUUGAGACCUCUGACGUGGGGCGACAGGGAGUGCUCACUGGAUGUGGCUUGUGGGUGGCCGCUGGGAGCGUUGCAGGGUUGGGUUGUGUGCUGCACGCCCUCCGGAGCAAAGGGGCUCAUGGGUGGCCGGAGCUCUCCUUGCCAGGGCAUGGAUCCUCUCCUUUGAAUGAAGGGCUGAUGCUCAGCUGCGCUGGGUCCCCCAGGAGGACAGAGCUGAGGAUGAACCAGCGGGGACCGUGCGCCCGUCAGUGCUGGAGGCCGGAGAGCUGAGCUGCAGGAUCCGGGAGGGAGCGUCGUCCCGCCCAGCUCCAAGAUGUCCUGUUUUGGGGAGCAUUUCUGGCUCGCUGCUGGGAAGGGAAACAGCCCCGGGAGGACUGCAGAGCUGCCGAAAUACCUUGAUGAUGGAUGCACAUUGUGCGGGGAGAUCCGGGCCCCGCCGCUGCCCUGCAGGCAGUCCCCGGCUGGCCCUGGAGGCCUGGCUGCGCUGGGGAGAUUUCUAGCCGGUGGGAGCCGUGAUGGGGGAGACCUGCGCCAGGGAGAGAAGAACCAGGGCUUCGACGUGCUGUACCACAAUGUGAAGCAUGGGCAGGUCUCCACCAAGGAGCUGGCCGACUUUGUCCGCGAGAGGGCCACCGUGGAGGAGACCUAUGGCAAGUCCAUGGCCAAGUUGGCCAAGAUGGCCACCAAUGGCACGCAGCUCGGGACUUUUGCGCCGCUCUGGGAGGUGUUCCGGGUCUCCUCCGACAAGCUGGCACUCUGCCACCUGGAGCUGGUGAAGAAGCUGCACGACCUGCUCAAGGAGAUCGCCCGCUACGGGGAGGAGCAGGGCAAGGCGCACAAGAAGUCCAAGGAGGAGGUGUCGGGGACCCUGGAGGCCAUCCAGCUGCUGCAGGGUGUCGCCCAGCUGGUGCCCAAGUCCAAGGAGAAUUAUCACAGCAAGUGCUUGGAGGCCGAGCGCCUGCGCCGGGAGGGAACCAACCAGAAGGAGAUCGACAAGGCUGAGCGGAAGUCGAAGAAGGCGGCUGAGGCCCUGCGCCGCGCAGUGGAGAAGUACAACAUGGCCCGGGCCGACUUUGAGCAGAGGAUGCUGGACUCGGCCGUGCGGUUCCAGGAGCUGGAGGAGACCCACCUGCGCCACAUGAAGGGGCUGAUCAGCUCCUACUCGCACUCCGUGGAGGACACGCAUGUGCAGAUCGGACAGGUGCACGAGGAAUUCAAGCAGAACGUGGAGAACAUCGGCAUCGAGAUGCUGCUGCAGAGAUUCGCCGAGAGCAAGGGCACCGGGCGUGAGAGGCCGGGGGUGCUGGAUUUCGACGAGUGCAGAACGGUCCCAGCACAGGAAGGGCCCAAGAGGAGCCUCAGCAAAGCCUUCCGCAUCCCCGGGCUGAGCCGGAGAGACCGAGAGCGAGACACUGUGGAGUCCCCAGACACUGACUUGACCUGCCCGGAUGUGGACGAGGAGGGAUUCACUGUACGGCCUGACAUCAACCAGAGCAGCUCGGGCGGGACCCACGGCUGCUCGUCCAGCGACUCGGACUACGAGGACGAGGACGAGCCCCGCAAAUUCUACGUCCGCAUCAAGCCCCUGCAGCCCUGCGACACCGCUGGCAGCGGCCAGGCCGCUGUGGAGCAGCUAAAGGCGACGGUGGGGAACCUCCCCCUGCCCCCCAGCACCGGGGGUACGGUGAAGAGACAGUCCUGCAGGCACUUACCGGUAGCGACGACCGUCACGGUGGAUGUGGGCUCUGUCAGGGCCCUGGGUACAGGUGAUGAGUCUGGGAAGCUGCAGCCCCCCCACCCUGCCGUAUGGACUCCCAGCUGCGCAGGGAAGCCCCGGCCGGAUGUAGCCCCUUCUGCAGCCCUGUUCGGGCCCCCGCUGGAGUCGGCCUUCGAAGCGGAGGAUUUCCCAGCCUCCCGAGCCUGCGGCCUGGGCUCCAGCCCGUCUCCCUUCUCCUCCUCGUCUCCAGAGAACGUGGAAGACUCGGGGCUGGACUCCCCCUCGCAUCCCCCCACGGGCCCCUCGCCGGACUCCAGGCCCUGGACGCCCCAGAGCCCCCUCGCCAGACGGCCUGCCAAGGGCUCCCCGAGGCUCCAGGAGGAGCGGGGCGCCCUGCCCCCCAUGACGACCGCCUUGGAGGAGCAGAGCGCCUGGCUGCCCCCGCCCGCCAGCCCCACGGGGUGGCCCCAGGACACCCCCUGCUUUGCCGCCUUCGGCUCCGAGCCCAGCGGGGAGGACUCAGGGGCGGGGUCUCGGCACGAUUCCCGCUACCCCAGCGCCACGGCCCCUUCGCCCGACCCCUCCGGGGACCCCCAGGCCUCGGUGGCCAGGCCUCCCAGUCCUGUCUUGGACCAGGCCCUGCAGCCCUGCAAGCAUGGGGCCUGCCCCCCCUCCAACACCUCGUCCUCUCCAGUGCCCCCCAGCUGCAGGGAGCCCUCCGGCUCCUCCCCGUGGACUCCCCAGGGGCCCGGUCCCAGGCUGACAGACAGCAGCACUCUGGCCAUUCCUGAGCUCCGGGCUGAGCCUGGUGAGUACGGCCCGGGUGGCUGUGAAAGGACCUGCCUCUCGGCUCCCUGCUUCCCAGAGCACGAGAGUGGGGUACUGCAAGGAGCGGUGACCUUCCCCCCCCCCCCCCAACUGCUCUUCUGGUGGCCCUCAAUUCAGCCCUGCAGCCCCCCGAAAUGCCCCCUGCUAUCCCAGCUCUGGGCUCCCCCCAGCUCUGCCGGUGCCCCUCGAUCCCACCCCACAGCCCCUGAAUCCCCCCUGCUAUCCCAGCUCUGGGCUCCCCCCCAGCUCUGCUGGUGCCCCUCAGUCCUGACCAGCGCCAGCCCCACUGUUCUCGCUCCAGGUCUCUCCGGCACUGGCCGAUCCGACCCGCCGGGCGCUCUUAGUGAGGAGGAAACGUGUCUGUUUCGGUGCCAGGCUGAGUCGCUUCCCUGCGUGACCCAGCUCUGGUUCCUGAGCUCCUGGACCGAGCCCGGCACGCGGCUGGGGGGCACUCCUGCCCCUGCGUCCCCACCCCACAGCCACCUCCCAUGUGCCUCCCCUCCCCCUGCUCCCAAUGCCAUGGGACAGACCCUGACCCACCCCCGCCUCUCACCCCUGCCUUGUGCUUCUGCAGAUCCUCCCCCUGCGCCCGCCCCACCCAGCGCCGCCCCCAAGGUGGCCCCCCCGCGGCGCUCCAGGACGAAGAGGCCCUCGAAGGGGCAGGCCGCCUGCAGCCACGGUGACCUGUCCCGCUCCCUGAGCCCCUCUCCCCUGUGGAAUUCGGGCCCUUCCCACUCGGCUCCGCCCAGCCUGGGUGAGCGCAGUUUCUUCACGGUCUCGCAGCCGGCGCUGGGGCUCUCCCGAGGCCCCAGCCCCGUGGUGCUGGGAUCCCAGGAUGCACUUCCUGUGGCAACUGCCUUCACUGAGUACAUCCAUGCCUACUUCAAGGGCCAGGACCCCAACAGCUGUCUGGUGAAGAUCACGGGCGAGCUCACCAUGUCCUUCCCCGCCGGCAUCGUCCACGUCUUCAGCGGGAGCCCAGCCCCGCCUGUGCUGAGCUUCCGCCUGCUCAAUACGGCGCUCAUCGAGCAGUUUCUGCCCAGCGCCGAGCUGGUGUACAGUGACCCGUCCCAGAGCGACCCCAGCACCAAGGACUUCUGGCUCAACAUGCCGGCGCUGACCGGGCACCUGCAGAAGCAGGCGGAGCAGGCCCCGGCCGCCUCCUACUACAACGUGGCCCUUCUCAAGUACCAGCUCUCCAAGCUGGGCCCGAGCGCGGCCCCCCUGCAGCUGGCCGUGCGCUGGGACUGCACCACAGCCGCCACCCAGGUCAGCGUGGAGUACGGGUACAACGCCGGUGCCAUGGCCACGCCCAGGCCCCUCGCCAACGUCCAGGUGCUGCUGCCCGUGGAGGAGCCGGUCGCCAACGUGCGGCUGCAGCCUGCGGCCAGCUGGAACCUGGAGGAGAAGCGUCUGUUGUGGAGGCUGCUGGACGUUCCUGGGGCCCCGGAUCGUGGCGGCUGCGGCCACCUCUCCGCCAGCUGGGAGCCCCUCUACGGCCCCAGCAAACCCAGCCCCGUGGCGGCCCAGUUCACCAGCGAGGGCAGCACCCUGUCGGGCGUGGAGGUGCAGCUGGCAGGCAGUGGGUACAGGAUGUCGCUGGUGAAGAAGAGAUUCGCCACAGGCAUUUAUCUGGCUGGCUCCUGACCGGCUGCGCUCGUCCCCCUUGUUCAUUCCUGGUUUUAAAGCCCCAGCGGACGUUGGCUCAUUCAGUCGUUUGCUGCCCCUGGGGGUUUCUCUGCUGUUGGAUUUUUAAACACUGGAACAAAGUCAGAUCUGGAGGGAGG